AUAAUAAUAUGAUGGGAAGACGAAACUCCGACUGUUUCCUCGAUGCCGCAGAAGUCUACGCGCCUUCUCCACCAACCCCAACUCUGCUUCGUCGGUUUCUAUAUCCAUACCCUUCUAUUUCGCUUCUCCUCUCCAGUUCCAGAAUUUGCAGAGCCAGGCAAUAACCGAAAACACCUCUCUCUUUGCUCAUUGGACUGACAUAAUUUGUGCUUGUAUCAUAUGUUGUUAUGAAGAAAUGGAUUACAUGGACGGAAGAAGUUCCCACGGAUCAAACGUUACUGUUGAUAAUGCCUCUAGAGAAUCGGACACUGUUGCUUCUGCUUCUGAACCUGCAGAUUCACAUUCGCUGCCCCUACCAUUUGGAGAGUACGAGGUGUUUCUGAAUUUCAGAGGUCCAGACACCCGUUAUCAGAUCACCGAUAUCCUUUAUCGUUUUCUUGUUAACUUAAAGAUCCGCACUUUCAAGGAUGAUGAUGAGCUCCGGAAUGGGGAAGGGAUAUGGCCCAAUCUCGUCGAGACUAUCGAACAAGCCAAGAUUUAUGUACCCAUAUUUUCGGAGAAUUAUGCUUAUAGUAAAUGGUGCCUCAAAGAACUUGUGGCGAUUGUUGAGCGCCAAGAGGGCAACCAGGGUUGCAUCAUACUACCCAUUUUUUACAUGGUGGAUCCCAAAGAUGUCCGACAUCAAAGUGGGCCGUAUUGGAAUGCAUUUGAAGAACACAAGAAGAAUUUCGAUGAAGAGACCGUUCUAGUUUGGAGAGACGCUUUAAAUAAGGUUGGAGCUAUGAAGGGAUGGCAGGGGGCUAUAGCAGAUCUUGUUACUGGGGAUGUAUGGUCACACCUGAGUAAGAACAAUAAUGUGUUGGAGACUGAUAAGUUGAUCGGAAUUGAUGGUCACAUAGAAGCAGUAGAAGAAAGGAUGACCCUAGACUCUGACGGUGUGUCAAUUGUCGGCAUUCAUGGUAUUGGCGGUAUAGGUAAGACAACUAUCGCCAAGGCUUUCUAUAACAAAGUAUCUGCUCAGUUUGAUCGUUGUAGCUUUGUGGAAAGCGUACGAGAAAUGUUACUUAAGAAGGAUGGUGUUAUGACUUUGCAAAAGCAGUUAAUCUCAGACAUCCUGAGGAGGAAUUCUGUUGAAUCCAUUGCCAAUAUAAGUGAGGGUAUAAAAGUUAUAAGAAAUAGGAUUACUCGUUUCAAAUGCCUUAUUGUUCUUGAUGAUGUGGACGAGAAGUUUGAAAUUGAAGAGGUGUUGGGGAAUAUCGAGAAUUUUGUUUCAGGAAGUAGAUUUGUCAUGACUUCCAGAAAUGUAAAAGUAUUGAGUACUUUGACUACAGAGUGCAAGCUGUAUAAAGUACUAGAAAUGACUCAUGGCCACUCACUCCAACUCUUCUGCAAGCAUGCCUUCAAAAUGGAUUCUCCUCCAUCAGGUUUUGAGACUUUGUCAAAAGAUAUUGUCUCUGUUGCAGCAGGACUUCCAUUGACACUUAAAGUUGUAGGGUCUCUUUUAUUUCAAGAGGAGAAAGUGAUUUGGGAAGACAAACUGAGACAGUUAAAAGAUAUUCCAGAGGAGGAGGUUAUGGAAAGGUUAAGGAUAAGCUAUGAUUCCUUAAACGAAGAGGCAAAGCAGAUUUUCUUAGAUAUUGCUUGUUACUUUGUUGGAGACGACAAAGAGAUACCUUCUUAUAUGUGGAGUUCUUGUGGGUUUUUCCCAGUAACGAAUAUCAAUAUUCUUAAUCAGAGGUCUAUGAUUGAGAUUGUUUGUGAUAUUGAAAAACAAAAAGUGUUCCGAAUGCAUGAUCAACUCAGAGAUAUGGGUAGGGAAAUUGUACGUCAAGAAAACAAAAGACAUCCAUGGAAUAGAAGUAGGAUAUGGUCCGAGGAGAAAGCUAUGGACAUGUUACAUAACAAAAAGGGAACAAACAUAAUUGAAUGCAUUAGAAUGAACUCCUCAUCUGGUGAUGGUGUUGUGGAGGAGCUUGAGAUUGUGGGGAACUUUGAAAGUGAAUGCUUUAUGAAUUUAUCAGAGGUGAGAUUCAUUGACGUACAAACUAAGAUGCUCCCUAGCGACUUCGCUGAUUAUCUUCCAAAUUUAAGAUGGUUUCGAUGGAAGUUUGGAUACGGUGGGUGUAUGCCUAAGUUUCAUGCGGAAAAUAUGGUGAUUCUCGAACUCUUAACCCCGGUGAAAGAUGAUUGGGGAGGUUUGAGACAUCUCAUGAAGGUAUGCACUAUUGUUAAUGACAGAGCACUUAAGAUGGCGAGAAAGCUCAAAGUUCUGAAACUUGUGGGUAAGUUCUUGAUAGAAUAUCCCGACUUUCCACGGAGUUUAGAGAUAUUGUAUCUGCAGGAUUUCGGGCCUCGGUUGUCCCAUAAGGAUCUGGAUAUUGGGAACUUGAGGAACCUAAAAGUUCUGCAUCUAUGGUUUUGUGAGGUAGGAGAGAUAAGGGGUGGAACCAUUGGGAUGGUGAAGGGGCUUCAAGAGCUCAAUAUCAUCCAUUUAAGGGUUGAGGAGAGUCUGAGAGCAACACUUGCCGAUAUUGGGGAUUUGCAGUUUCUUGAAAUCUUGAGAGUAGAUGUAAUCGCUGAUGUGGGAUUGGCAUCAGUUUACGAGAAUUUGUUACUGAAUACUAAGCUUCCUACAAGUUUGAAGGAGCUGGAGACUACAUCUCCAGUGGCUAACCUUCCAGAGCUGGUGGAGUUGGAGGAACUAGUCAUUCGAUAUUCCAAGUAUGGGCUUGGGAUCCCUCCAGCACACAGUAGUCAUAUGUGGUGCAAGUCAUCCAAAUUGAAGUCUCUGACUCUGCAAGAAACAAAGAUGAUGACAAUGGCAACUAAUACAUCUAGUCCUUUCUUGCCGCUGCUUCCAUCGUCAACUGGGUAUGGUCUUGAGAUCCCUCCAGUAGACAUUAGUGAUAUGUGGCGGAAGUCAUCCAAAUUGGAGUAUCCGACACUGCAAGAAACAAAGAUGAUGACAAUGCCAACUAUUACAUCUAGUCCUUUCUUGCCGCUGCUUCCAUCGUCAAUGACUGGGUAUGGUCUUGAGAUCCCUCCAGUAGACAGUAGUGAUAUGUGGUGGAAGUCAUCCAAAUUGGAGUCUCCGACACUGCAAGAAACAAAGAUGACGAUGCCAACUAAUACCUUUAGUCCUUCUUCCUUGCCGUUGCUCCAUCACAUGUUGGAGUUGGAGACAUUGAAACUAGUUCAAUCUGGGUAUGGGCUUCAGAUCCCUCCAGCAGCCAGUAGUGAUAUGUGGUGGAAGUCAUACAAAUUGAAUAUUCCAACUCCUUAUAAAAAAAAGAUGACUAUGCCAACUAAUACCUCUAGUACUUCUUCCUUGCCGCUGUUUCCAUCGUCGCUGACCACCCUUCACAUCAAGAUAUGUCCAAAACUGAAGUGGCUCCCAAAUCUAAAGAAUCUGGAAUACUUGACUCACUUAUACAUCUCAGGAUGUUCCUUGCUUAAUGACAUCCCUGGUCUUGGAGGGUUGAAAUCCUUGGUAAGUCUGAGUCUAAGUGAUAUGAAAGCUUUAUGCAAUCUGGAUGGUCUUGAUAGUCUCUAUUCUUUGACAUCCUUGACACUAGAAGGCUGUGAUGCACUGGGAAGACUGCCAAGCAUGGCAUCUUUGAAGCAAUUGAAAAAGUUAUCCGUCAGUAAUGCUCCAUAUCUGCGGGAGAUUGGGGGCCUUGUCGGCUUGAAAUCCUUGGAACAUUUAAAUCUGUAUAGUUGCAGAUCUUUGGAAAGACUUCCUGUUGAUGAGCUAUCUAGUUUGAAGCACUUGAGGAGGGUAGAGAUCAAAGGUUUCUCGCAGAUCAGCUCCAAUACUAUCUCCUCUCUACGAAAACUAGAGGCGAAUGUUAAGAUAAUUGUUGAGGCACCGCUGCCACCACCUUAACUCAUCUCCAUUGGCUUCGUUAAUCUCCUAUCUCUAAACAAGCUAUGAACUUUAAUUAUAUGGGAGUGUCCUCGUCUUGCAGCACUAUCUUCCCCUGACCAACAGCUUGAUGGUGGUGGUUUGAGUUGUGACAGCCAACCAGUACUUGACUCGUUACAAAGGUUGUCCGUAAAUGGAUGUGAGUCACUGCUACAAGGUAGUUUCUGCCAGAUGCUUCAUCUGUCUAGGUUUCCGAGGCUUGUGGUGUUGGAACUUGGGCAGACGUAGCCUCCUAAUGUGGCGAACGAAUUGCUGCUGGAGGGACUCGAGUCCUUGGAAGAGUUAGCUACUCUGCGGUUGCUUCGCUUGGCUACACAGAAAUUACCUUCCCUGUCAAAACUGCAAAAGUUGAACGAGUUGACUGUCAUUAAUGCUUCUAAUUUGUACGAGAUUGAGGGCCUUGCAGAUAUGAAAUCCUUGCAAAUCCUACACCUCGUGAGAUGCACAUCAUUGGAAAGAUAUGAAAUCCGUGCAAAUCCUACACCUCGCCUUGUAAGUGUUGAAAACAUUCUUUUGAGCAACGAUUAUAUGUGGAGAUAAGUUCAAGAAAUUAACAUGUAUUGAUGAUAUAUUGAUUCUAUUACCUCUUAUUCACAUCC